AUGCUAGGUAAACGCUUUUACAGCGACAUUGCCGCUCUUCGCAAGACCCCUCUGUUUGACUUCCACCUCGCUCAUGAGGGCAAGAUGGUCGACUACGCUGGCUUUGCCAUGCCAGUCCUUUACAAGGCUCAGUCUCACAUUGCCUCUCACAAUUGGGUCCGUGAGAAGGCUGGUUUGUUCGACGUCAGUCAUAUGGUCCAGCACAAGUUCUUGGGCCCCGAUGCCACCAAAUUCUUGGAGACUAUCACGCCCAGUGAUUUGAAAGGUCUCAAACCUUUCACCUCCACACUGUCCGUCUUGCUCAAUUCCAACGGCGGAAUUGUUGACGAUACUAUUAUCUGCAAGCACGCUGAGAAUGAGUACUAUGUUGUAACCAAUGCUGGCUGCCGUGACAAGGAUCUUGCCUUCUUCAGGGAGCAAGCAAGCCGCCUUGGCGUCAAUGUCCGCCAUGAUCUUAUUGGCGGUGGGUUGCUGGCCCUUCAGGGUCCUGAAGCAGCCAACGUUUUGCAAAAGCUCACAAACUUCGACCUCAAGGAGAUUGGUUUCGGUGAGUCGGCAUUUGUCGACCUUCUCGGCGGCAAAUAUCACGUCGCUCGCGGUGGUUACACUGGCGAAGACGGUUUCGAAGUUUCGGUGACUGAUGAUGCUAAAUCAUUAGAGUUCGCAAAUGCUCUUGUUGAGAACGAGGCCGUUCAGCCGAUCGGUCUCGCCGCCCGAGACUCACUGCGUCUUGAAGCUGGCAUGUGUCUUUACGGAAAUGAGCUCACCGAGGAAAUUACUCCUAUUGCUGCUCGUCUUGCCUGGGUAAUUGGCAAGCCUCGUCGUGCAGAUAAGGAAUUUAACGGUGCUGAGGAAAUUUUGAAACAAUUGGCCGAAAAGAGCACUCCUCUGCGCACUGGCCUGGUGUCCACUGGCCCUGCCCCCCGCACUGGUGCCAAAAUUCUUGAUAAGGACGGCAGCCAGGUCGGCACUGUUACCUCUGGCUCCCUGUCGCCUACUCUAGGCAAGAACGUCGCCAUGGGCUAUCUUCCCCGCAAGCUGGCCAAAAACGGUACUGAACUGUCUAUCGAGAUCCGUGGCAAGCCUCGUCCUGCAGUGGUCUCUGCUAUGCCAUUCGUCACACCCAAUUACUAUCGCAAGUAA